UCCAAAGGUAACAAAGGUAACAUCAAAAGAAAGCAUCCAGAGCGUUCGACUCAUGCAGGUGAAAAGCGGUUCAAAUGCGAAACAUGCCCGAAGAGGUUCACUGCGCCAUCGGAUUUACCUAGACAUAUGAGGACUCAUACCGGUGAGAAGCCGUUUUCUUGUCCGGAAUGCACGAGGAAUUUCACCGAGAAAGGGAAUUUGCUUAAACAUAUGAUGAUUCAUACCGGUGAGAAACCGUACAAUUGUUCAAAGUGUGGGAUGAAUUUCACCCAGAAAGGGAAUUUGCUUAAACAUAUGAUGAUUCAUACCGGUGAAAAACCGUACAGUUGUUCGGAAUGUAGGAUGAAUUUCACCGAUUCAUCGAGUCAGCUUAGGCAUUCGGGGACUCACACUAAUGAAAAACCGUAUGCUUGUUUUGUGUGCAAUAAAAAAUUCUCUCAAUCAAGUGAUAUGAAACGUCAUAUGGAGAUUCAUGGCAAUAAUAGGCCCAGAUUUAGCUGCAAAUGCGGCAAAACUUUCCUGCGGACGUCCUUGAAAAAACACAUGAAGAAUUGUGUAGGAUGA